AUGACAAGGAAGGAGUUGGCAAAAAAAACUCAAGAAGCUGCCAAACUCUUUUUCUCUCUCAAUCAUGCUGAAGCCAACAAUCGAACUCUGUUUGAUCAAGCCAAGGCUUCUAGGGCUGCUCAGAACCAAGCCAAGAAAAAAGCAAAAACUGCCGAGGCUAAUGCCGAAGCCACUAAGGCCAAUCUCGAGGAUGCCAAGGCUAAGGCCAUUGAGUUAGAGGCCAAACUCCAAGAGGCCCUUGACUCAAAGGAUGCCGAGGUCAAGGCGGCCGAUGAGAAGGCUUUCGAAGAGGGCCAAGCCGCCGUCUGCGACCAGUACAAAGGGCAAGACAACCUGGCUUACAACCAAGGUUAUUACCUCGACUGGACGGCGGUGCUCAACAAGAUAUCUGUCCCAAUGGCCUCCCUACACCGGGAUAUUAACCAGCUCCAAGUGCCCUUCCCUCUUGCUCUGAAGGAAUCUGAUGAUGAUGUCGAAAAAGAUAACGCCGAGGAAGAGGCUGAGGACGAAAAAGGGGCUGCUGUUGAGGCCAAGUCCCCCACUCUGAAUGAGCAAGUUCUUGACUUGAUUCAAGACGAGGAGGAUGAGGUCUCCAAGAGUGCCUCUCCUAAGAGGACAGCGUCUGAAGCCGAGGUACAGACAGCCGAGAAAAGCCUUGACCAGACUAUUCUCGAGAUCGAUGCCGAGAUCGAGGCGAAUAAGACUGUCGUGAAGCUUUCCCAGUUGUUUGCUGAAGCCGACACACAGCCAAUCGCCGAUGCAGAACAGUCCAUUUAG